AUGGGAGAACAGAGGCAAUUUUUUCGUUUCCGUUUGCCUUGGCUGUCUGCAGCUCCUGCUCUCCGUCCUGUAGCUACACCUCGUCCUGCUGCUGAACCGCAACCUGCUGCUCAAAUGCAAGCCCCUUCCCGGCCGACUGUUUCCAUCCCAAUCCAACGUCCACCGUUUCGACCGGCGGGGAUCACCCCAGCACAGACUAAGCCCAGCCAGGUUCAGAAAGAGCCACAACCACAACCUCAACCUGCAGCCCAAACAGAAGCCCCUUCCAAACGUCCACCAUUUCGGCCUGCAGGGAUCACCCCAGUGAAGCCUACUCCCACUCAGGAUCAAGCACCACCACAAAGGACUGAACCUUGGCCAGUACCAUCUCGUGCCCCCAUACCGCCAAGGGUUGCCUCUAUGUCUGAUGGAGAAUCCGCUUUUAAACCAUUUGGUGUUGCUGCAAAGCCUUCAGAGGAAUCAACACAAUCAAAAGAAGUCGCACCAAUCACUGCAGCGGCUAAAGAAAUGCCAACAGCAGCAAUAAAGCCCAAGGAAACGGAAGAAAGAAAGAAGGUUGCCGAAGAGCGCAGUAAAAGUUCAACCCAUGAAAAGCCAACAGUUAGUACUAAACUUCUUUCGGCAGCGACUGAAGAUGGGACUAAAACCAGAGAGCUAUUGGGGGCUGCAAAGGAAAAAGGGAAGAGACACCCGAGAAAGGAUGACGUUGAAAGAAAGACCACUGACGAAAGACAAAUAAAAUAUUUAAGUUCUACAUAUCCCAAAGAUCGUAGCAGGCCGAGUGAUUCUGGUGAAAAGCAUGUCGAUUCUAAAGCUGAACAAGUUCCCCUGCACGAAGAGAUCAGGGAAGAUGUUAGCAAGUUUGUUCGGAAGCUGGUCACCAGGAAACCAAAGCUGGUCACUACAGAUGAAAACCCGGUGAGCGUUAUAACGCUAGCAGGAGAAAACAGUGGUGCAUCUUUUCGAUGUGAUUCUUCGAGUGACGGGGAAGAAAGCUCAAGGGUAAGGCAGACUAUGGAUUCAAUGAUCAAAGAAAAUGCAGCACCCAAAGCAUAUGUCAAUAGCAACACACAGAGCAUCAACAAUUCAAUUAUGUUCGAAAGUUCUCUGGAGGGAAGUAAUCCUGGCGUUCAUCUGCACUUUUUCAAUGAUGCAAAGGCUGAGCCACCACAGGCUAGAAAGAGCAAAAGGAAAUUUAUAAAAUUUACCAUAUUGACAUGUUUUACACAUAACAAAAUCAUCAUUUUUAUUAGCGUGAAUAGAUGUAUUACAUUUAGACAAGACUGCUUUUAA